AUGGAAAAACCAUUAUCCCCUGAAUCCGGUGCUUUUUCAAGCGGAUUUUUCAUUCCAGUUCCGCUUUUACUGAAAAAAUGUAUUCCUGCAUUGUUGUUAACUGCUAUCUCCUUCUGCAGCAAUGCACAGGUGGCCGUUAACCAGGAAGAUGCAGCCAAUGCGGAGGCAUUGUCAAGAAAGUACAAAGACGAUGAUGUUAUCUGUACAUCGUCUCAUCUCUCCUUUAGUUUCGACAAGGGCAAAAAUGCGCUGGGCGAUAAAGUGGUAGUGAUUCAGGAAGAUGCGGAGCUGGAUUUCUUGUCGCUGAAGAAAUUUGCGGCGCUUAUCUACCCUGAGUUUUACAAUAAAUUUAUCCAGGUAAAGGCCUUUAAAAAGACCGUUAAGGUGGGCGCCCGGUACGCCAAUUCCAGACAGCUGCCCAUGGACAGAUCUGUAACCAGCGAAGGUGUUUUUUUUGAUGAUAGCCGCGUGCAGUAUUUCCCUAUCCGGUUUUCCCAGAAGGGAAGCAUGGCAAAAGUGCUGGUGAAAAAGGAGUUUUCGGAUGGCCGCUACCUUACCCGGCUAUUUUUCGCCGAGCCUUACCCGGUAAAGGAAAAAGUACUUGAGUUCAAAGUGCCUGAAUGGCUGACUGUAGAUUUUAAAACCAUCAACUUCGAAGGGUAUAAAAUUGAACGGCAGGAGAAUAAAAAAGGCGGGUAUGUCAACUACAUAUUUACCAUGAAGGAUAUUCCCGCUACAAAACAGGAAUACCGUGGCAUUGGUCAUGCUUACACCGACCCGCAUAUCAUUAUACAGAUAAAAUCUUUUGACAGCAAGGGUGAGACCCUGAAAGGUUUUGAUAAAACAGAUGAUACCUAUGCCUGGAACAACCGCCUGUAUGGAAUGGCGGGCAACAAAAAAGAAGCGCUGCAGUCUACCCUGGCAAAAAUUACCCAGGGCAAGACAACCGAUAUAGAAAAAAUAAAAGCUAUUUAUUAUUGGGUGCAGGAUAAUAUCCGGUACAUCGCCUACGAAGAUGGUUACUCAGGGUAUAUUCCGGCCGGGGUACAGGAUGUGCUGGCAAAGAAAUUUGGUGACUGCAAGGGUAUGGCCAACCUGCUAACAGAAUUGCUGGUGAUGGCAGGCUACGAUGCACAUUUUACCUGGAUAGGUACCCGUUCUAUUCCUUACCAGCAAUCGAUGCCUGCGCUUUGUGUAAAUAACCAUGCUAUUACUACCUUAUAUUUUAAAGGGGCCACUUAUUUCCUGGAUGGUACUGAAAAAUAUGCACCUUUUGGAGAAAAUGCUUACCGAAUACAGGGUAAGGAGGCCAUGAUUGCCAAAGGCGCUGCGUACGAUUUGAAGACGGUGCCCCUGACUACCGGCAACGACCAUAAAAUAUUUACAAAAGCUGAUUUUGUAUUGACCAGUGAUUUGCUGACCGGUAAAAUGAAAGUAGUGCUUACAGGUAACGAACGCAAAGAUUUUCACCAGUCGUACCAGGAUCUGCCCGUUACCUCCCAAAAGGAAUUUUUAAACGACUUUCUUGAAUUUGGCAACGACAAUAUGCAGGCUGCCAAUAUUAAAACAAGCGAUUUAAAAAACCGCGACAUCCCCGUUAGCAUUGAAGGGGAUGUGGAUUUAAGCAAUUAUGUGAACAGUAUUUCGGGCGAUAAAUACGUCAGCAUUGACUUCUUUCCCAAAAACCUGGAGCGCUUCAUGCCCGAUGAGAAGCGGGUUGGCGGCUACGAUUUUGAUGAUGUAAUGACCUAUGAAGAUGAGAUAACACUCAGCAUCCCGGCCGACACAAAGUUUGUAGAUGUGCCGGAGAAGGUAGAAAUGAGCUAUGAAGGCUAUGAGUUCAAAGGCGAGUAUACCGUUACCGCAGGAGCCACGUCGUAUGAUGUAUACCUGGCCGCUGGCAAUACAGUGCCCACCGUGCUGGUUACCAAUACCACCGCUUUAACCUACUAUGCAACCAACCUUACCGCCAAUACCCUGUACAGCUGGUAUAUUGCCCCAAGAAAUGCCAAUGGUGCCAAUACUGCCUGUGGUACUACCAACAGAACAACGUUCACAACAGCAGUAGCAACUGGCGGCGGUAAUAUUGCGCCCGUAUCCAAUGCGGGCAGCAAUAUAUCCAUCACUUUGCCGGUGAGUUCGGCAACAUUGAAUGGAAGUGCAUCUUAUGACCCGGAUGGCAGUAUUGCCGAGUUCUUCUGGUACCAGAUACAGGCGCCUGUUGCUGUUUCAAUAGGUAAUCCUUUCUCAAUGACGCCGGCUAUUACGGGGCUUACCACUGCAGGUACCUAUAUCAUCGGUCUGCAGGUAAAAGACAAUAAUGGUGUAACUGCCUAUUCACAGGUAUCCAUUACAGUAAGCCCGGCAAGUACGGUACCCGCCUGCGUAACCAAUACGUCGCCUGCCAAUGGCAGUACUGUUGCCGCUCAAACUACCGCUACCCUAACAUGGCCAGCUGUGGCAACGGCUACCUCCUACAAUGCUAGCGGAUUGACGGCCGGUACCUUGUACAGUUGGUACAUUGCACCAAGAAAUGCAGUGGGUGCUGCGACCGGUUGUGGAGCAAACACCACCAGCUUUACUACAGCCGUGGCAUUGCCUCCUUGUGUAAUCAAUACAUCUCCUGCCAAUGGCAGUACCGUUGCCGGUCAAAACACCGCCAGCUUAACAUGGCCGGCGGCAGCUUCGGCCACCUCAUAUGAUGUAUACCUGGCAGCCGGCAGCGGUGUGCCGGCAACACUUGUCACCAACACCACUUCAUUAACUUAUAAUGCAAGCGGCUUAACAGCCGGCACUUUGUACAGCUGGUAUAUUGCACCAAGAAAUGCGGGCGGUGCAAACACAGCCUGUGGCGCUUCAAACAGAACCACGUUUACCACAGCAGCGCCCACAACUGCUCCAUCCUGUGUAACCAAUACAUCGCCUGCCAACGGCAGUACCAUCGCAGCUCAAACUACUGCUGUGUUAACAUGGCCUGCUGCAACCAAUGCCAGCUCUUACGAUGUAUACCUGUCGGCAGGAGGCGGUGUACCAACAACACUGGUAACCAAUACCACUUCUUUAACCUACAAUGCAGGUGGAUUAACAGCCGGUACCCUGUACAGCUGGUACAUUGCACCCAGAAAUGCAGUUGGUGCGGCUACUGGUUGUAGUGCUAAUACAACCACGUUUACAACGGCAUCCGUGCCUGCUUGUAUCAUCAAUACAUUGCCGGUCAAUGGAUCAAAUUUGCCUUCACAAACAUCAGCGAGACUUAACUGGCCGGCUUCGUCGGGUGCGGUGUCUUACGAUGUAUACCUGGCUGCGGGCAGUGCAGUGCCUACUGUGCUGGUUAGCAAUACCACGGCUUUAACCUACUAUGCAACCAACCUUACCGCCAAUACCUUGUACAGCUGGUAUAUCGCUCCAAGAAAUGCCAGUGGUGCCAACACGGCCUGUGGUACUACCAGCAGGACAACCUUUACAACCGCAGUAACAACAGGCGGCGGCAAUGCAGGACCGGUAUCCAAUGCAGGAAAUAAUAUAACGAUCACGCUGCCGGUGAAUUCUGUAGUAGUGAAUGGAAGCGCCUCCUACGAUCCUGAUGGCAGUAUUGCUGAGUUUUACUGGUACCAGAUUGGGGCACCUGUUCCGGUUACCAUAAGCAAUCCCUUCUCCAUGACGCCCACUAUUACCGGUCUUACCACGGCAGGCAACUACACAAUUGGGUUGCAGGUAAAAGAUAAUAAUGGCGUACCGUCUUAUUCCCAGGUAAUAAUUACGGUAAAUGCAGCGGGCGCAAGGAUAGCAGCUGCAACAACAACACAAAUACAGCCGGCAACAGCACAGUCCGGUCUUCAGCCGCUUGCUGCGAUUAUUACUAAAACAGGGAUAUACCCCAAUCCUGUUAUAAAAGGCCAGAACGCUGUACUGCAGCUGCACAGCAAUGCCGGCGGUAUGGCCAAUCUGCAGGUAGUGAAUACUAUGGGAAAUGCUGUACAAAACCAGCAACUGUCUUUUGCUCCGGGUGCAAAUACCAGGGUAUUGCGUACGGCCAACCUUUCUCCGGGGAUAUACGUAAUCAGAAUUACCGGUAAUGUUGACAAAACAGCCACUUUGAAACUGGUAAUACGAUAA